CGGCAACCGACGAGGAGGUAGAUGACGACGUCCAAUAACACACUAAGGUGGAUGCUAUGCUCGCAGCCCUUGUAGAGCGCUGGCUGUCAUGUGACCUGGAAGCUGCUGAUGUGCCUAAAACUGAACAGAGAAAGGACGCCAGUAAAAUGAGCAGAAGACGUGGAGUGGAAACCCUCCAGGAUCAAAUCCACAUUCAGUCUCAGUUCUCCGUUUACAUUUGACUACAUGUGUUUAAUGGAUGAUACAGUUGUAUGAGUCAACGGUGCUAGUAUCACACUGAGUGUAUGAAUUCAUCUGCAGUGUAGAUGAUGAUGGGUAGAUGUUAUUGCAUCCAGUAACUGGAGAGUGUCAGAUGAGCCGCCUGGUUUGCAGCCUUAUCACUGGAUGACUAAAGUCAGGUCGCAUUUUAACUGAUCGACGGAGGCGCACUAGACACUCCUAGAUGAGCAGCUGCAGAUAGCAGUAGUUUCAGGUUUUAUGAGCUUUUAAAAAGCCAGGUGACGGGUAGAUCGGCUCAAAGAAUGAAUCCCAGAGAAGGCGUGGAGGUGAUGGAGAGCCAGGCAGGAAGACACAAGGAGAAGCUGAUCCGAGAGAAGGUCAGUCCUGAAAACGAGGUGGAGGUUGAAGAGGACCGAGUCCCCGGGGCAUUCGACUGCAGCAUCUGUGGACGGAGCUUCCCCUUCCUCAGCUCGCUGUCGCAGCACAUGAGGCGGCACACGGGGGCCCGGCCCUACAAGUGCCCCUACUGCGACCACAGGGCGUCGCAGAAGGGGAACCUAAAGGUCCACAUCCGCAGCCACAAGCUUGGUACGCUGUCCAGUCACCACGCCAACGAGGAUGAGGAGGGCGGGGCUGAGGAGGAGGAGAUGAGUGUUUCAGAAGGUCUGGAUGGAGGCACCAGUCCCACUAAGAGCAGCUCCGCCUGUAACAGGAUGAUCAACGGUGACGGGGCCGAGGAGAGUCGCAGGAAGGUCCCCGUGAGGAGCAUGAAAAGGGAGAAGUCUGGGACGGACCAGCGGCCGUUCUGCUGCCGUCUAUGUGGAUAUGAAGCCCAGCGGGAAGACCAGCUCCUGAGCCACAUAGAGAAGGUCCACAUCACGGCCGAUGCUGAGGACGAGACCGCUGUGAAGGAGGAAGCCUCAUCAGAACUUGACGCUGUCCAGCCUCAGGGUGACGGGACCUUCCCAUGUGAGACCUGUGGACAGGUCUUCUCCCAGGCCUGGUUUUUAAAAUCGCACAUGAAGAAACACGCUGGUAUCCUGGAUCACUGCUGCCGCAUCUGUGGACGACGCUUCCGCGAGGCUUGGUUUCUUAAGUCUCACAUGAAAACCCAUAACACCAAAUCCAGGUCACGGUCCAAAGUGGAUUCAGCCGAGCACCCUGCCACCAUCAACGAUGUCGCCCAGGAUCCUGACAUCGUUUCGAGCUCCAUCACAACCAUUUAUCAAAUGUGCUCCAAAUGUGGGAACGUCUUCCACAGCAGAGAGAGUCUGAGAGCCCAUGAUAAAGUCCACACUCUGAACUAUAGCAGGAAGUCCCAGAACCAGAGCAGACCCAGUGACGACGAGGACUCACCUGCUGCUAAAAGAAGAUUCCUUGAAUACUUAAACCUUGGGCCUGUUGAAGAUGAGACUCUCAAUGAAGAAGAGAUGAAUGAGAAAAAGAUGGUGGGUCGAAGGAUCCCAGAGCUCGACCCCAUUUGCAGCUACCAGGCCUGGCAGUUGGCGACCAAAGGAAAGGUGGUGGAGCCCGUGGAGCCCAGUUACAAGGCCUCCAACGGGGCAGGGAGUCCAGGGGAGGAGGCCCUGGCUGGAGCUGCUGUGGUGUUUGAGAAGGAGAGCAGCAGCUACAUCCUCCAAGGCCAAGAGAAACGAGGCUCUGGCCGGCGCAGCAGCUCCGGACCAGGAAGUCAGAUGUCCUCAGGGGAUCGGACGCCCGAAAGCCUCAGCGACUCAGAGUACCGGCCUUCAUCUCGCCAGGACCGACGGCGGCCGUCCCAGUCUCAGGCCUCUUCCAAGUCCAACGAGUGCUUCGAGUGCGGGAAGGUGUUCCGCAGCCGCCAUCAGAUGAUCGUUCACCAGCGCGUCCACAGGAAGGACGGAAGACGGGCGUCUCUGGGAGGGAAGGACCGAUCCGCCCGAGACGACCGCUGGGGUUCCACCAGUGACCCAGAGUCAGGUUCCCCAAGUCGACCCAGCACCCCAGGGUACGGGGACUCACCCCCCGCCUCCACACUCGGCGAACAAGCAUCAGAGAUGGGAACAGCCAACGCUGGAGAGCUGCCAGAUGACAAACCCUUCGUCUGUGGCCUCUGUGACUUCGUUGCGUCGGAAUCUCAGGCGUAUCUGACCCACGUCCGUGUCCAACACCCGGCGGCCCACGAUGACCCCCCCAGCCCCGCCUCCGGCUCAGACAGAGGCACCCCCAGCGGCUACUCCAAGCUGAAGAAGACCCUCCUCCAGACCAUCGGCCACUCCCCCUCCCCUCCGGCCCACCGCUCUCCUCAGACCUCCCCUCUGGACGCCGGCAUGGACCCUGUGGAUCUGUGUGUGAGGGUGGGGUCCCACAGGGGCCCGUCCUCUACCCCCCUGGACAGAAAGAACCUCCCCAACCACAAGUGCUCCUUCUGCUCCCACUCCACACGCUACCCGGAGGUCCUGUGGAUGCACCAGACUGUGGCCCACCGCAUCAACAGCAGCAGCUCCACCCUGGCCCCCAAAUGGGCCCUGAAGAACCCCCCCACCCCCAGGAGCUCCUCCAGGAGACGCACCGGCCCCCCACCGGUCCUGGAGGGAAAGGAGUGUCCUCCGCUGCCCCCGCUGAUGCGAUCCCAGCGGACCCGGCCUCCAAACACCUGCAGUGACGCCUCAAAGAAAAGCAAAGCAGGUCCAGCCUCCCAGGGUCCCGCAGGUCCAGCCCCCCAGGGUCCCGCGGCAUCUUCAUCCCCUUCUACCUCCUCUUCAUCCUCUAAGGCGUCCAGAGGAUCCGCCGCAGGACCCCAGGCCGGACGCGCCCCCUCGCGGCCAGGCAGCAGCUCCAGACCCCUCCCGGACCAGAGCCAUCAGUCCCGUUUCAGACCCAAGGUGGACAUUUACCCUCGGGGGCCCUCGUCGUCAUCGUCCGGCUCCUUGGAGAAGAGCACCGGCCCCGUACCGCGUCCCUCCGCCUCCACCUCUGCUUCCAGGACAACGGACCGCUACCUAAUGCCUCAGGAGGGGCUGGGCUUCAUGCUGUCCAGCAAACACGGCCUGGCGGAGUACAACAGGGGGAGGGGCUCCAGCCACCAGCCCCUCCCCAACUCCCAUGGUCAAGGCCGGGCCGGCGCCGCCCGACCCGGCGCCAUCACCCACAGUGGCGCCGGACACACCUACCAUCCCUCCCAGGCACACGGGGGCGCUCUGCAUAAUCCCUCCUCAUCUGCUUUACCUUCGGAGGCUCGCGGGGACGUCAAACAGGAGGCGGGCUCAGAGACGCCGGACAUGCCCAGUGACAUCCUCAGCUUCCUCAAAAACUACAGCCCCCAUGAACUGGCGGCACUGUACCACCGCUGGGGGGCGGCCAACGCCCUCCUGGACCCAACGGGGAUGCUGAGGUCUCUGAUGCGACAGGGACAGUAUUUCUGUCACGAGUGUGGGAAGAGUUUCAGUCAGCCGAGCCACCUGCGAACUCACAUGAGGUCCCACACAGUUGGGUUUGAUUUUAACGGACUCCACAGAGGUACUGACGCUCACACCACCGCUUCUGAAGCUCCCAAACAAGUGAGAGGCCGUUCUGCUGCCAGCUCUGCCCAUACCGAGCCUCUCAGAAAGGGAACCUAAAGACCCACGUCCAGAGUGUCCACCACAUGCCCUUCGACAACAGCCAGUACCCACAAACCUGGACGCCGUUACCGAGCCAGGACCAGCCCAGAACGCCGCCGCCACCACAGCACUGACCCCCCCACCCCCACCCCACCCCGAAAGGAAAAUAAUCACCCACCCACCUACACGCACAGGGCUGGAGGCGUGGCAAAUGAACUUACAACGAAGGUUCUUAACGUGAUUUAUUUUGUAGUAGGUGAAGCUGAAGGUGACGCCACAUCAACCAGGAAACUCUGCUGUUGCAUUCGGGUUCAGCUGGGAAUUUUUAACCACACAGGGGUGAAAAAAAAAACAAAAAACGGAGGUGAAUCCAGGUCGCCUCC